CCAAGAGCCUCUCGUGUUGCUUUUUCUAUUUUGGCCACUAAACUUCAAAGAGGAGAAAAAUGUAUUUUGGACCUUUUUUGUACUGAUUGUUUCUUUGCUCCUUAAUCUUUAGGAUGAUGGAUGAACUUCCUAACCCUGAGAUGAAUGAUCACCAAAAGAAAAACAAUUCAAACAAACUGGAGACAGAAAAGGAUUCUCUUAACCAGAAGAUCACUGAGCUCCUUGAUCAUUUGGUCCGGGCCCAAAGUACCAUCUGUGCUCUGGAAAAACUAAAUGUCUCCUCCGAACUUGGCAAAUUAACUCCAAAUAUGCUGGAAACAAUUCAGGCCUCUCAUCAAUCUCCUGAUGGCAGCAGCCAAGUAGAAACGCCUCAGAACCUCUUAAUCCCCACUAGAAUAUUUUCAGAGGCCACUUCUCAGGAUAUGUCUUGCAGUAACGUAGAAAAGGAGACCAUAAAGGUACCCACGGAACCACGUCUGACGGCUUUCUCCCCAUGGAGCCCAGGAGCAGACAAGUCAUUCCCAGUCAUGCACCCUCUCUAUAGCUCCACUGAGAGUGACUGCAGCUUAGAAGAGACUCUUCCUAGAUACAGACUGCUCUCCCCUCGCUUCCCUAAUCUGGGAGAGAGUUUUUCUGACGACAGAAAAGACAAAGUUGACUCAUACGACGGUGAGACCAGAGAAGACCGAAGAAUGCCUGGAGGCAUUAGAGCGAAUCUUUCUCUUUUAAAUCUUUUGCCUGCUCAUCGCCUUCAUAGCCACUGUACAAGAGCUAGCAGUUCUGAAAGUUCAGGGGAUGAUGCCACACUUAGCUGGGGUCAGAUGCUGCCUCAAGGGCCUUCAUUCGACUAUCAAUCUGCCCAAAAGAUACUUGACACAUUUCUGGGAUUUACAUCUCCUACUGAUAAGUAUUCCACAUCUCAGAAUAAGAGUAUGUCCAUCACUGAUGCCACACAGACUGUUGAUAAAAUGCUAAAAGCUGACCAGAACAACCAAAACAGAGAACUUGUUCCCAGACCAAAUUCCAAAAAUGUGUCCAGUGCAUUGCAAAACAAAGACGCCUUAAAGCUUUCAGCUAGAACCUCUCAUGCUAAAAGUCCUCCUUCUCCUUCCCCAAGCCCUUUGCAUCACACCAGAGAUGAGCCAUACCAUAGAAGUCACAUGGCUGAAUCCAGGAUGCCACCAAUUCCAGCUAAAAGGUCCCCUCUUCCAAAAAGUGCUGCAAACAGAUUCUUCUCUCCCAAAACUGUUGAGGAAACAAAUUUUAGCCCAGUAGGGGUACAAGAGAGUUCAGCCCAUCCUAAAUCAGAGUACCUUCGCCCUUUAGUGUCUGUUUCCACUCCUGGAAAUAUCUCUGAAUAUCAGCAUAAUAAUGCUAUGACUGCAUAUGUUUGCCAAAGCCCUACAGGAUCAGAACCUAUUAUCAAAGGCUGGGAUUGCCAAGGCUCACACCAGAAUUCAUGGCCAGAAGGAAGUACAGAAAGGAAGCCAAGGAAAGAGAAGACAGUGCAUUUCCACACACUUAACAGUGAUGAACACAAUGGUAAAGGUCAGCUAACCAUAAAGUCCAAGUUUAUGGCCACCAGGUUCGAAGACCAGGGUUUGGGUGAUAGCACUUCAUUGGAUUCAACCCUUCUGUAAAGGAAUAUCAUGGUGACUUCUUUACAUAUUGUAUCUGUCCUAUAAGUUCCAGUAGAGAGGUAUUUAUA